AUGGAUUUGUUUCAGGUGGCCAAGCUGUUCUCCUAUACGUGGACGAUGGGCUUGUUUCUAUGCAAGUCGGUGCACUAUAUGCAGAGCGUCUCGGCUAUUUGCUCGGUCGUCACGUUAACCGCAAUGUCGAUCGAAAGACGCACAAAGAGGUCGGAAUGAGGAUAAUUGCUUACUGGUGCGUACGCGAUUCAGAAUCUGGGCUCUUAUGGCGUGCCCACGAGGUUUACAUGCUGGUCUUAGUGCUGGUGUUGCCCUUGACCGUGAUGGCGUAUUGUUAUACCGCCAUUUGCUGGGAGAUUUGGCGAGUUAUGAAACGUCGAUAUCACAUGACAUCUCGGCGAACGCUGAAUCCGACCAACAUCGACACGGAAUCCAUACCAAUGACCCAGAGACAAAACGUACGAAAUAAUCGUCGCGUUCAGAAGCAGGAUGAUCAGACUGAAGAAGAAUCUCGGACGAUCAGACAGGUGGUGAAGAUGUUGGUUGCGGUGGUCGUGCUAUUUGUUAUUUGCUGGGGUCCAAUCCUCGUGGACAACAUGCUCACCUCCUACGGCUACUUACCACGCGUAAAAGUCGGCACGUACAAACAUCUCAACACAGCCUUUCAGCUGAUGGCUUACUUUAACAGUUGCAUAAAUCCGAUCGUUUACGGCUUCAUGUCGAAGCACUUUAGGGAGAGUUUCCUGUCAGCGGCCUGCGGCGGUUGGUGGAUCUGCUGUCCCAGAAGGGGUUACAGAACACCUGUGAAAAGGCAUCCGAGCCUCAGCCAGACCAGGACGACCAGUAUCAGGUACGCAGGCCCGACGCAAAUCUACGUGACCCACGCGCAUUCCGGUAUGGACUUGAUUGUUUCGUCGUGCCCGGCCCACGUCGAGGCAGCUUUUUCACAGGUAAAAUUAACCAAAGAAGAGAACAGGCAGAACAAAUCCGAUGGAGAAAUCUAGAAGACAAAGUGUUUUUUUUUUUUUUUUU